UUUCCAGUUUCGUUGCUAUUUUAGAAUAAAUCCAAUUUCAUGCAAAUCGCGACUAAAGUAGGCGCAGAGUUCAUUUUCAUUUGAUCGGCUAGAUUUUUCAAUAACAGCGAAAAUCUCGUUCUACUCUGUAACAAUUCAGUCAGACUAGUCAUUAUAGAGAAAAGUUUUGUUUCGAAUUCACGUCGAAGACUUUCACCGGAUACAUCGAUAAUUAGAUUAAACGUUUCAGAGGUUGCGGAUCGUCCGCAUAUCAGUGAAAUAAAUCUUACAAUGUCCCCGUGUGUAUGGUCAGUUACUGAUAUAACUCUGUGAAGUAUUAUUUAGUACUGUGUGGUUCGUUUAAGUGACAAAGCAAAAUCGUCGGCUCCCACUCGCCACUAUUAUCCCAUCCGCGAUUACGUUGCGCCGGGAACUGGGCACUCACGUUAGUCGCCGCGGGGACUCCAAAGCGGUAAAUACGGAGUCGCAAAUCCUGCACCGCAUCAUUUAUCGCCAAGACUUCGAUUUGAAAAUGGUGCAGCAGGAUUUGACUUAGGCGUGAGGGACGGCGGCGACCUGACGGUGAUGGGCUCAGUGGUGUGAGCGGACAGACAGUGCUGUGCAGUGUAGUGUAGUGUCGGUCAGUGCAGUGUCGGAGCAGGGAUGCCCUCCGUGAUGUUGUCCGCAGUGCUAGAAGAGGAGCCCGACUUGUACGAGGCUUUCCCUCCGCAUGUCGACCCCUCGGGGAUCACCAUCCUCACUGAUAGCCCCCCAGGCAAGAAAGCGCCGCUGAAGACCUUCGCGGAGCUCGAGCCGCUGCUGCAGCAGGGCCGCAAGCGCGACCUAAAGCUGCUCAUUCGCGAGCACUCGUGGCCCAUCAACAGCCCCAUCCGCGCGUCGCUCUGGCCGGCGCUCUGCCGACAGCACCAACAUGGCAAGUCCAUGCUGGACGGAUUCUACUGGGACAUGGUUACGCAGGUAUUCGGCACGGUGGAGCUGCCGGAUAAACCAAUCAUGCUCCCGCCGUUUGUGGAGGCGACCCACUGCCUCGGGUACCACCUGACCCGCAAGGGCCGGGCGGUGGCCGACCGCGUUGUCUCCGUACUCGGCUAUGCCUGUCCCGACAUCACCUACAGCCCCAGCCUCUACCCCAUCACCGCUGCUCUACUACACUUUAUGCCUGAGGAAGAAUGCUACCACUGCAUGGCGAGUCUCGUCGCGUCCAAGGAAAAGAUGUUCAUCACACAGACAAAACUCCUGAACGAAGUCACGUGGAAGACAGUCAUGCAGAUCGCGAAGAAACAUGCCAAGUCGGCCGCGCAGCACCUGUCGCGGCUGUCGGGCGCGAUCGGCCCCGAGCGCAUCUACGCGGACUGGCAGUGGUGGAUCCUGGCGGCGCUGCCCUUCCCGCACCUCGUGCGCGUGCUCGACUGUUUCUUCCAUGAAGGAAUUAAGGUGUUCUACAGGGUAGCUCUAGCGAUCCUUAUCCUGUUCAACAAGCACUCCACCAACCAGAACUCAGAGUGGUACGCCGAGGCCACGAAGAACGGAGUCGAUCACGCCGUCGACAAAUUCUGCAGGAACAUGCCUGCCUCUCCCACCAAGCUUCUAAGGACCGCUUUUAGUAUAAGGGCACUAAGUUCACAGUACAUAUCCCGGGUGUUCAUAAAGACAGAGAUGACGCUGAAGUCAAAGCAGGUGAUCACUGGGUCGCGGCUGAUGAGGUCGCGGUCCUCGGACAACCUGCCCACCAGCCAGUCGCAGGUCAACAUACAGAUGAUGUCGCACACACUCACCAUACGCGAGAGAAUGUCUGAGGAAACGUGCAAACAGAUGGGCUCACAUUCGCCCGGCCCGCGCGCCCUUUCGAUGGGUGUUUAUCCAAUCCAAGCGAUCAAGUCGCAGAUUCUUGACCAGAGUGAACUGUUCACGCUAUGGUCGUGGCUCCCGGUGCGCAUCACCAUGUACCAGCCGGUGCUGCUGUACACCACGGAGGAGCACGGCUGCUCCCUCACCACCUUCUACGUGAGGGUGGAGCAUCAUGAGCCCACGCUGCUUAUGAUCAAGACUUGCAAUAACGAGGUGUUCGGCGCAUACUGUUCGACGCGGUGGUUCGAGCGCAACCAGAAGGACGAGCGCGGCAACCGGCAGGCCUACUUCGGCACCGGGGAGACAUUCCUCUUCAGCCUUUACCCGGAGCGCGCCAAGUACCCGUGGGUGGGCUGCUCUCUGGCGGCGGAGGGCAAGGGCGAGGAGAGGGUCUCGCAUGGCUCCGAACUCUUCAUGGCCGCCGACUCCAAGAUGAUCACUAUCGGAGGAGGCGACGGACAGGCGAUAUGGAUGGACGAGAAUAUUCGGUUCGGCAAGACGGACCGGUGCUCCACUUUCAACAACCCUCCCCUCUGUCCCAGUGGCGACUUCGAAAUACGCGUGCUCGAGGUUUACGGCUUCUCCGGCGCCUAGUCUAUCGAUAUCGAUACUCGAUACGCGGCCUCGGACUCUACGGAGUGAAAUCUCUACGGGUCGAUAGUUCGCCUUCCGCCAGUGAAUUCGCUCGAAUAUUCGCACAUCGAACAAAUUAGUCCUUAUCUAGUGCAACGAUUCUAAUAUAAAAAAAAGUAUUAUAUAAUUAUACGUGCGAUUGGGCGGAUUCACUGACCACGAUACGCUCAGCAAAACUUCAGUUAGCUUUUGGAACAGUGCACGCUACAUUCGACCGCGCGACGUCGAGUCGUGAGCCGCACCAGCGUGCACGGUUUCGACACAAAGUGUUGCUGCUGUACGAGUGUUGGCCAUACGUUGUGCGACUGCGAUUACAUCCGCAGAAAUCAAAAGCAUCUUUGUAGUUUAUUACAAAGCGUUUAUAAAAUUUAUAUCUCCUAGAUAUAUGUGCGUGGAUUUUAAUAGUAUUUCGGUGUUAUAAAUAUCGCGAGAGGACGUGCGAUUGUCGUUACUUGCCGUCUCAACAGACUGUGUAGAUUGUAUUCCUAUAUUUAUUCUACGUGUGACCCCCGUAGUUAAACGUUAACAGUUAACACGCCUGUCCGUUCAAGACAACGAACCGGGGAAAUUAGGUUGUUUCUAUUAAUAUUUAAUCUAUAUUAUAGUUGUCUGUGUGUUAAGUACAAAUGGAUGUGUCGUAUAGUAUCUACUCUCGGAUGAAUUAUGUAAAGCAAUAUUUGCGGGGCUGGGACAGUGCAGCUUGCUCGUGUCGAGAACAUUCCAGUGAAGGGUCAAAAGCUCGGCUACGUUGAGGGGGUGAGGGGUAGUGGACGCAAGGUUCAAAAUUAAUGGCAACGACAGUAUUCCGUAUCGUAUAGUGGACUGUAUCGCUUUAGGCUUAUAUUUAAAUGUUACUCAAACAGUCGUCACUUGUCUAUUGCUCACAAAAUGUACCAAAGAUGUUUAUUGUAGUCUAUCUGUGGGCGAAUGUUCGGUGACACUCGAGUCUACAUUCACUUUGGCUGCCGGAUGGAAUUGUCUGUGCAACUAUUUAUAAUAAUUUGUGCCGCUUUUGGAACCAACUCCGUCGGGUGGCAAAACUGUAUGUGUAUUUAACGGCCUGUGAAAGCUUUGCGUUAAUUUUUGAGCAGAUUUGGUAAUUUUUGGAUCGGUCAAAAGCAUAUCUCCACAUAUCGUAUUAAAUAGUUCAGAUGAUACGUCUCAAUAAAUCCAUAACUGCGAGCAAAUUAACUGAUUUGUUCUACAAUCAAAGUAGAGUCUACCAAACAUUUGCCUGCAGGUUCUAAAGGAAGUUAUAGAGUAAAAAAUAUAUUAUGAAAUUUUAUAUUCACAAAAAAUAUCAAUUCGUUACAACUCUUAAUAAUAAUAAAAUAUAAAUAUAAAAGAAAUCAAUAUUUAACUGUGUAGAUUUGAAAUUAUUAUGAUAUAAAAACCCAGUGGGAUAAUAUCCAGUGACGUGUCUUUAUAGAGGAAUUGUCACUGCCUACUCAAUAAAUAAUUUAAAUGAGUUUAAGAUAGUCCUGGUCGGUCGCUUUAUUGAUUUGAGGACGUGUCCCAAUUUGGCAGUUGUCAAAUUUGACAUUGUGCAAUAAUUUCAAAUUUGCUGUAAUAAUGAGGUUUCAUUAAACGAAAGUCACCAUCACCCACGCCACUAGUGACCCCAUCAAAGCAGACACUGCCAGCACAUUUGUCGUAUAGUAUUACCUUACAAAUUAUUAAUCAUUGUUCGAGGGCAAUUGAAUAGAGUAAACCUGACGUGCUUGUGUGCCAAAAAUAGACCAUUUGAAACCAAUUCAAUGGCUGGCACUGUCUAUAGAUGUUUGCUAUAUGUAUGUCACCGUAAAAUUGUAAAUACCGUUAUUUUAUACCUAAUCUAUCUCGCGAGAUUGUAAACUGUCGAUAGAUUGUGAACCGUAACAUACUGCUUACAAUUUAACGUGUUAUUAAGUUAUUUUUCGGUAGAAUGUAAGGAUUUUUUUUGUUUGUACGUUCAAAUAAUAAAAUAGAUUAACCUUCUGAGCCACUCAGGUUCCGGUUCCUAGGAGUAGUAUAUGGAGUUCACAAUCUAUUGACAGUCUACAAUCUCGUUAGAUAGAUUAUAAACCAACGGUAUUUACAAAUUAACGGUGACAUAUUUAUAUCAUUAGGUCUCACCGCCAAAGUCGAUAGUUCAAAAGCACUCAUUACUUAUUAGUCAAUAACACAACAAUGCAUACCUACAUAUUACUGUGUACCAGUUAAAUUAACUGUAGUGUUACAACAAGACAAAAUAAAACAUUAGCGGUGAGCUUUGAGGCGGGGGGUUUUCAGUUUGAAAAACAAAUAGUUUUCUCAUAGCGACUGUUAUUUCGAGGUUAAUCAUGGCCACAUUUGACCCGCCUCUGACUAGAUUUUAUGUAAAAAAAUUUAAUUCAUGGCAUAUCUAUAGAUAUAAUCUUCGGUACAAAAUAAAACAAAAAUUAUAUUGCAUAAUAAGGAUUGGUUUACAGAAACCAAUGAAAUUGAUCUUUCUAGAGAGCGAUACAUUUGUAAGCAUGCGACAGAGAUGUAUACAAUGAGAUUCUGAGCACGGCUAUAUAUUGCAGCUAUCCUACCCUAAAUUUGUGUAUGUUAUGUGAUACUAACGGUUUUAUGAAGCAUAAGAGUAUAUAUUUUUAGCGUUGUAGUAAAGGUAACUGGAAUACAUACCCUUGUCAAAAAGUCACCCUCUGUUUUGAAACUAAAAUUCUCUUUAUUUUGCAAGUAGUCAUUACAAUUAUUGUCACUUACGUUCGGUUCAUGUAAGAUUUUGUUUUAGCUACAUCUUGUAAAUAUUUAUUUUUAAAGGUCUCUACACAUUCUGAUUGUUUUUUUUUUUAUUGAGACUUACGUAAGGAGCGUUAAAAUCUUAAAAUAAGAUGUUUAUUUUCGUCUACUUUAUGUGUAUUAUAAUUUAUGAUAGAUUUAUUAUUAUUGUUUAUGUGUAGAGGCCAUUGGUAGCUGAAAACAAACAGUAUAUCAGUUUAACUUUGUUUUUCAAAGUACCUGAUUUUGACAGAAAAUUGAGUUGUAGGCAUAGAGAACAAACCAACAAAAUUUUAUAUUGCCAUUGAAAUACACAGACAAUCAGAUCACUGAAAUCAAAGUUAAUCAGAUGUAUAAGUAUUCGACACGGUACUACAUGCGACAUAUAAUUAUGUUAUGAAGACCUAAGACUUGUUUUUAAAUUCAGAUUAUUUAUAUAAUUUAUUAAGUAGGUAUACUAUGCUUUAGACGGGGGUUACGCUUUCAAGAACUGAUGUAAAGUCCAUACAUUUUCAUCUGUCAAGAUGAUAUGUGACGUCAUAGGUAGAUUGAGAUCAUAGACAUUGUGAAAUGAGCCUAAUAUACUUCGUUUUAAAGUCGUACAUUCUGUAUCAUUGAUUUACAUUGUAUUCUUGUUAUGCUUACUUGAGUUAUAAGACAAAAGGAUCUAAAACGAGGAGAGAAAGCUAAAUAAUUAUAAUCUUAUGGCUAUUAGCACUCUUUGUAUCUAUCGAUAAGAUGUUGCAAGUAAAAAUUCCUGAAUGCGUAAUCUCCGUCUAAAAUAAUUAUGAUGUAUAUUAUUGAUUUGCCUGUGGGACAGUGUUCCAAAUUGGUCACAUGUUAUGUUUUAGGUAAACUAUAAUAUUAUUUGUUCGCUCAUUUAUUUGAGUAGCGCUGCCAACACACGGAUCUUUUUGGCAAAUUAAUUAAUUUUGAUAUAUUAGUUAGAAUGUACUCACUCAAACAUACAAAAAAAUAUAAGAUAGCGCGAUAGACGAUUUGCGAGUAGUGAAAAAAUUUGCGAUUACUAAACAGUUUCCGAAUCAUAUUUUUUUUAAAUUUAAAUUCGGAAUUUUUUUUUAUUUUUCUUGUAUAUCGAGUACUGCCAUAAUAUCGUCAACAUAUUAGCAAUAUUUGUACGUAAAAGGUGCCUGUGUUGCCAGCCACAGCUUGCGUGUAGACCGAAGGGAGCGCUAGCGUUGUUGCUGUGACCGCAUUCUCUGUGAUAUUCAAAUCAUCACUGCAAUUUGUGACAUACGUCUGUCUCAAAACUGUCAUAUAGUACGAGAUCCGGCAUGAGAAAUAUAUACCCUCACCAAGAAAUAAAUGAUGGAAAAUAUUCACAUUGACACAUUGCACAUAGGUUGUCCAGUUAAAUUGCGGCCGAAUAGUAUUAAAUGCUUGAUUUUUUUUAAUUUCUUUUAAUUGGUUAAUUGGGGUUGCCAGAUAUAAACAAUCAAUGUUAUAUAAAUACCCUCAUCUGUUAUUUAAUCGUAUAAUAUGCCAAAUGAAAGCUUAUUUUAGGCUUAAUUUAACUGUAUUGUAUUAGAUCUAGUUCAUGGUUUCCUAGAUUUUGUAUGAAAAAUGCGUUUGCCUGCAAUUUAACUAGGCAACUUAUGUGCAAUGUGCCAAUGUGUACAUUAUCUAUCUUUUAUUUCAUAGCACUAAUAAAUUAAAUAACAGAUGAGGGUACCUAUAUAUUUCUGAUGCCAGAUCAUAGACAUAUAGAGCAUGUGGAAGUCAGUUAUAAACUUGAAUGUCAGAGAGAAUCGGAAAGCUGUUAGCAGUUUAAUCGUUGAUCAGUGUAAAGUCUAGUCUUUAUUCUGUUUUUUAUUCUUUAUCGGAUAUAAUAUAAUAUCUAAAUAUUUACGAAUUGAUAUUUAAAUGUGCGACUUUCGCUCCGCCUCGGAGCCUCCGCGCUCGUGGUUAGAUAGUGUUUAAGUACAUUUAAUGUAAAAAUAUAUAUAUGUAUAUGUAGUAAGGUGUUGCGCAGGACACUAUAUAUUACAAAAUCGUUCGUCGACUAGAAAUGUUGAAAAUGUUAAAAAAAAUACAUUUUGGUGUUCCCAACAGAGUCUAGGAAUAUGUCUAUCGCACAAUAUGUGACAUUUUUAGGCCUACAAAUGUGUGUCUUGAGCAUGUUCCUUGGUGUUGUAAUCUCACACAAAAUACUCUUGACAUUCAAAUCUUAAGAUACCUCUCCAGGUCUAAGAUGCAUCAACGACAUCAGUCCCUGUACCCAAGUGGCACGUCGAUUCUCUCUCUAGAAGCUUUUGCGAUCGUAGACAGAAAAACGAUGUGCCAGAUGGCUACAGGGGCUGAAGAGAAAAAUACAUUGUUCACCAGUAGACACCCCAAUUAAAUAUGUCGCUAUCUCUUUCAUUUUGAUGGGAGGAAAUAGAAAGCAAUAUUUUUGAUACACUGCUAUUGGUCUGCAGUAUUUUUUUUGUCUUCUUGAGUUCACUCGUCGCCUGUAUCUUAAGCAAACUGUUAACAAUAGGAGCUGUUAGUAAUACCUUUGCCUUUUCCUAGAAUAAAGAAAACAAAAGUAGGAACUGUAAAUUUGGACAUAAAGGUACCAAGCAAGUGCUCAAGACUGCACAAGCAAGAAACUCAAUAUUGAAACAUUGGGCGAGUCUCCCCAUAGACAAAGGUAAAGACAAGAAGUGAUUUGUCUAUGACCUCCAAUGCGCAGCACCUUCUCUGUUCUCCCUUUCAGUAUUUGUGGUGUAAGUUUUUUUUUUAUGUGAGGAUUAUAUGCGACGCGUGCGUGGGUUGUGUGGUGCAUAUGCAGCAUAUGCGCGCUUGAGUGCAUGCGGGAUGCUUGUUUUGUUAAUGUACUGUUACAUUCGAAUAGUUUUCGUCCGCCGCCCGGGCGACGGUGUAAAACUCGUUUAAAUAAUGUAAUGUAAAUGUUGCUUUAUUAUGUCUACAAAAAAUAUAUAAUCCCAUAUACA